AUGGCUCCUUCUGUGGACAAUGGCGUUGCCACCAAACCUACUGGUCUUGCGGCGUUGUCGCAGGGCACUCCACUCCCUGGCAUCCCCAAAUUUGAGAAUGUCGACAAGCAACGCGAGUACAUGUUGAACCAUAUGGCCGGUGCCUUCCGGGUAUUUGCUAGACAUGGCUUCGUGGAAGGAAUGGCAGGCCAUAUCAGCCUGCGCGAUCCUGGAAACCCCCAUCUGUUUUGGACGAAUCCUCUCGGUCUUCACUUUGGUCUCAUUAAGCCGUCUGACCUGAUCCUCGUGAACGAAGAAGGCGAGGCUGUGGGCGGAAACAUGUCUCGUCCAGCGAACGCUGCCGGAUUCCUCAUUCACAGCGCUAUCCAUAAAGCUCGACCGGAUGUGAACGCUGCAUGCCACUUUCACUCCACGUACGGCAAGGCCUGGUCGACCUUUGCUCAGCCCCUGGAGAUGUUGAAUCAAGAUGUUGCUAUCUUCUACGGCGGCGCGCAAAGUGUCUAUGGGGAGUUUGGGGGCGUUGUGCUGGAGGAGGGGGAAUCGGAGGCAUUGGCGAAAAGCCUGGGUGGUGGGAAGGGGAUUAUCUUGCGAAAUCAUGGUCUCUUGACUGUUGGCGGGACUGUGGAUGAGGCCGCUUAUCUCUUUCUGCUGAUGGAGAAGAGCUGCCAGAUUCAACUGGUUGCUGAUGCGGCAGCAGCUGCUGGUCGCAAGAAGUUGUACAUGGACGAUGAGGCUGCGCGGUUUACUUAUGACAAUACCAGUGAUCCGGAGAGUCUGUUCGCCGAGUUCCAGGGUUACUUGCAGUGGGAGUCGGCUAUAUCGCACGAUGGAUACAAGGCUUCGUGA